UCGAUAAGUCAUAAUGAAGAACUUAUCCCUGUUUGGUUUAGCUUUAAUACCUUGGUGUGGAGUAUUUAAUUCUUGUGUACAAUCAGGACUUUCAAAAUGGAAUGGCGUCAAGGACAGAAUUUCAACUGGCUCUGUCUACCAUAUAUUUCGAAAAACCACAUUUGAACACUGUUCAAGGCUCUGCGUGUAUUCGUCGAGGUGUGUGUCCAUCAACUGGAUCUCAUCAGCUAAAGAAUGUCAACUGAACUCCCAACGUGUCAGUGCCCACACCUGGCAAGACCUACCCGGAUCUGUGUACUUACCUCGGAAACUUAUCCCACCUCAGGUCCAUCCCUGCGCCGCGAAACCAUGCAGACCUGAUGAAAUGUGUGUACCCGUAACUGCCUCUACAAGACACUUGUGUGUAAGUAUUCAUGCACCGUCAGACAUAAGCAUACCGACUCAAGGGACUACGACACAUGUUUCAUCAUCAGUGGCCCUCGGCAAUGAUGCUUCAUCCACAGUUGAAGCCAACGCACCUAAUUCUACAGUAACAACCAAUGACAUUACAUCUACAUUAACACCAAACGCUGCUACAUCUACAGUGACAAUCAACGAUGCUGCAUCUAUGGUUACCAUCAGUGAUGCUGCAUCUACCAUUACCACAAGUGAUGGUACAUCUACUGUGACAGCCAAGGAUGCUUCGUCUACCGUUAACACCAGUGAGGCUCCAUCUACAGCAACAGCCAGGGACAUUGCAUCUACGGUAACCAACAGUGAUGCUACAUCUACAGUAACAACCAAGAAUGCUGCAUCUACCGUUACCACCAGUGGUGCUGCAUCUAUAGUAACAUUCAUGGACACUGCAUCUACCGUUAACACUAGUGAGGCUACAUCUACAGCAACAACUAAGCAUGCUGCACCCACGGUUACCAACAGUAAUACUUCAUCUAUAGCAACAACUAUAGACACGGCACCUACAGUUAACAGUGAUGCUACAUCUACCGUGACCACCCCGAAUGAUGCAUCUACAGUUACCAGUGAUGAUACAUCUACCGUGACCACCCCGAAUGAUGCAUCUACAGUUACCAGUGAUGAUACAUCUAGCGUGGCCGCCCGGAAUGCUGCAUCUACAGUUACCAGUGAUGAUACAUCUACCGUGACCACCCCGAAUGAUGCAUCUACAGUUACCAGUGAUGAUACAUCUACCGUGGCCACCCCGAAUGCUGCAUCUACAGUUACCAGUGGUGAUACAUCUACCGUGGCCACCCCGAAUGCUGCAUCUACAGUUACCAGUGGUGAAACAUCUACCGUGGCCACCCCGAAUGCUGCAUCUACAGUUACCAGUGGUGCUACAUCUACCGUGGCCACCCCGAAUGCUGCAUCUACAGUUACCAGUGAUGAUACAUCUACCGUGAAGGCCCCGAAUGAUGCAUCUACAGUUACUACCAGUGAUGCUACAUCUACCGUGACGGCCCCCAAUGCUGCAUCUACAGUUACUACCAGUGAUGCUACAUCUACCGUGACCUCCCCGACUGAUGCAUCUACAGUUACUACCAGUGGUGCUACAUCUACCGUGACCACCCCCAAUGAUGCAUCUACAGUUACUACCAGUGGUGCUACAUCUACCGUGACCUCCCCGACUGAUGCAUCUACAGUUACUACCAGUGAUGCUACAUCUACCGUGACGGCCCCGAAUGAUGCAUCUACAGUUGCUACCAGUGGUGCUACAUCUACCGUGACGGCCCCGAAUGAUGCAGCUACAGUUACUACCAGUGAUGCUACAUCUACCGUGACGGCCCCGAAUGAUGCAUCUACAGUUACUACCAGUGGUGCUACAUCUACCGUGACGGUCCCAAAUGAUGCAUCUACAGUUACUACCAGUGAUGCUAUAUCUACCGUGACGGCCCCGAAUGCUGCAUCUACAGUUACUACCAGUGAUGAUACAUCUACCGUGACGGCCCCGAAUGAUGCAUCUACAGUUACUACCAGUGGUGCUACAUCUGCCGUGACGGCCCCGAAUGAUGCAUCUACAGUUACUACCAGUGAUGCUACAUCUACCGUGACCUCCCCGACUGAUGCAUCUACAGUUACUACCAGUGGUGCUACAUCUACCGUGACCACCCCCAAUGAUGCAUCUACAGUUACUACCAGUGAUGCUACAUCUACCGUGACGGCCCCGAAUGAUGCAUCUACAGUUACUACCAGUGGUGCUACAUCUACCGUGACCACCCCGAAUGAUGCAUCUACAGUUACUACCAGUGAUGCUACAUCUACCGUGACGGCCCCGAAUGAUGCAUCUACCGUUACUACCAGUGGUGCUACAUCUACCGUGACGGCCCCGAAUGAUGCAUCUACAGUUACUACCAGUGAUGCUACAUCUACCGUGACCACCCCGAAUGAUGCAUCUACAGUUACUACCAGUGAUGCUACAUCUACCGUGACGGCCCCGAAUGAUGCAUCUACAGUUACUACCAGUGGUGCUACAUCUACCGUGACCACCCCGAAUGAUGCAUCUACAGUUACUACCAGUGAUGCUACAUCUACCGUGACGGCCCCGAAUGAUGCAUCUACCGUUACUACCAGUGGUGCUACAUCUACCGUGACGGCCCCGAAUGAUGCAUCUACAGUUACUACCAGUGAUGCUACAUCUACCGUGACCACCCCGAAUGAUGCAUCUACAGUUACUACCAGUGAUGCUACAUCUACCGUGACGGCCCCGAAUGAUGCAUCUACAGUUACUACCAGUGGUGCUACAUCUACCGUGACGGUCCCGAAUGAUGCAUCUGCCGUUACUACCAGUGAUGAUACAUCUACCUUGACGGCCCCGAAUGAUGCAUCUACAGUUACUGCCAGUGAUGCUACAUCUACCGUGACCACCCCGAAUGAUGCAUCUACAGUUACUACCAGUGGUGCUACAUCUACCGUGACCACCCCGAAUGAUGCAUCUACAGUUACUACCAGUGGUGCUACAUCUACCGUGACCACCCCGAAUGAUGCAUCUACAGUUACUACCAGUGGUGCUACAUCUACCGUGACGGCCCCGAAUGAUGCAUCUACAUUUACUACCAGUGAUGCUACAUCUACCGUGACGGCCCCGAAUGAUGCAUCUACAGUUACUACCAGUGAUGCUACAUCUACCUUGACGGCCCCGAAUGAUGCAUCUACAGUUACUACCAGUGGUGCUACAUCUACCGUGACGGCCCCGAAUGAUGCAUCUACAGUUACUACCAGUGAUGCUACAUCUACCGUGACGGCCCCGAAUGAUGCAUCUACAGUUACUACCAGUGGUGCUACAUCUACCGUGACGGCCCCGAAUGAUGCAUCUACAGUUACUACCAGUGAUGCUACAUCUACCGUGACGGCCCCGAAUGCUGCAUCUACAGUUACUACCAGUGGUGCUACAUCAAGAGCAACAACCAUAGACACUACACCUACGGUUACCAACAGCGCUGCCACAACGACAGUAACAACCAAGGGCACUGCAUCUACGGUUACCACAAGUGAUGCUCCAUCUACAGUAACUUCCAAGAAUGCUGCAUCUACUGUAACCACAAGUGAUGGUACAUCUACCGUGACAGCCCAGAAUGCUGCAUCUACUGUAACCACAAGUGGUGAUACAUCUACCGUGACAACCCAGAAUGCUGCAUCUACUGUAACCACAAGUGAUGAUGCAUCUACCGUGACAACCCAGAAUGCUCCAUCUACUGUAACCACAAGUGAUGAUACAUCUCCCGUGACAGCCCAGAAUGCUGCAUCUACUGUAACCACAAGUGAUGAUACAUCUACCGCGACAACCCAGAAUGCUGCAUCUACUGUAACCACAAGUGAUGAUGCAUCUACCGUGACAACCCAGAAUGCUCCAUCUACUGUAACCACAAGUGAUGAUACAUCUCCCGUGACAGCCCAGAAUGCUGCGUCUACUGUUACCGCAAGUGAUGGUCCAUCUACCGUGACAGCUCAGAAUGCUGCAUCUACUGUUACCGCAAGUGAUGGUCCAUCUACCGUGACAGCCCAGAAUGCUGCAUCUACUGUAACCACAAGUGAUGGUCCAUCUACCGUGACAGCCCAGAAUGAUGCAUCUACUGUAACCACAAGUGAUGACACAUCUACCGCGACAGCCCUGAAUGAUGCAUCUACCGUAACCACAAGUGAUGGUCCAUCUACCGUGACAGCCCAGAAUGCUGCAUCUACUGUAACCACAAGUGAUGGUCCAUCUACCGUGACAGCCCAGAAUGCUGCAUCUACUGUAACCACACGUGAUGAUACAUCUACCGUGACAGCCCAGAAUGCUGCAUCUACUGUUACCACACGUGAUGAUACAUCUACCGUGACAGCCCAGAAUGCUGCAUCUAGUGUAACCACACGUGAUGAUACAUCUACCGUGACAGUCCAGAAUGCUGCAUCUACUGUUACCACAAGUGAUGACACAUCUACCGUGACAGCCCAGAAUGCUGCAUCUACUGUAACCACACGUGAUGAUAAAUCUACCGUGAUAGCCCAGAAUGCUGCAUCUAGAGAAACAACCAAUGACACUGCACCUUCGGAUACCAACAGUGAUGGCUCAACUACAGUAAGAACCAAUCACACUGUAUCUACAGUUACAACAAGUGAUGGUACAUUCACAGUAACAACCAAGGAUGCUAUACCUACCGUUACCGCCAUUGAGGAUACAUCAAUAGUACCUACCAGAGAUUAUGCCGUUACCACCACUGAUGCAACAGCUACAGUAACAACCAAGGACACUACAUCUACCAAUAGUAAUACCACAUCUACUGUAUCCACAAGUUAUUAUGCAUCUACCGUCACAUCCCCGAAUGGUGCACCUAUUACCAACAGUAAUUCUGCAUCUACAGUACCUACCAAAGAUGCAACAUCUACCGUUACCGCCAUUGAGGAUACGUCUACAGCAACAACCAAACACGAUACAUCUUCAGUUGCCACCACUGAUGCAACAACUACAGUAGCAGUCACAGACACUUCAUCUGUGGUUACCGCCACUGAGGCUACAUCAACAGCAACAACUAAAGAUACUGCAUCGACGGUUACCGCCAGUGAUGCUACAUCUACAGCAACAACCAUGGAUGCUGCAUCUGCCGUUACUAAUAUUGAGGCUACAUCUACAGCAACUACCAAGGACACUGCAUCUACCGUACCCACAAGUGAUGGCACAUCUACAGUAGCUACCAAGAAUGCUGCAUCAACCGUACCCACCAGUGAUGCUACAUCUACCGUGACAACCCCGAAGGGAGCACCCAAAGUUUCCACCAUUGACGCUACAGCUACCACAACAAACAAACACGAUGCAUAUUCAGUUACCACCACUAAUGCAACAUCUAGAGUAACAACCAAUGACAUUGCAUCAACGGUGAGCACAAGUGAUGGUUCGUCCACAGUAACUACCAAAGAUGCUGCAUCUACCGUUUCCACCGCAGCAACAUCCACGCAUGCUGCGUCUGCCGUUAACACUGAUGAGGCUACAUAUACAGCAACAACCAAGGUCACUGCAUCUCCGGUUACCAAAAGUGAGGCUAUAUCUACAGCAACAACCAAGGACACUGCAUCUGCCGGUACCAAUAGUGAGGCUACAUCUACAGCAACAACCAAGGACACUGCAUCUGCCGGUACCAAUAGUGAGGCUACAUCUACAGCAACAACCAAGGACACUGCAUCUGCCGGUACCAAUAGUAAGGUUACAUCUACAGCAACAACCAAGGACACUGCAUCUGCCGGUACCAAUAGUGAGGCUACAUCUACAGCAACAACCAAGGACACUGCAUCUGCCGGUACCAAUAGUGAGGCUACAUCUACAGCAACAACCAAGGACAUUGCAUCUACGGUUACCACAAGCGAUGGUACAUCCACAGUAACCUCUACCGCAAGUGAUGCUGCAUCUACAGUAACAUCAAAGGAUGCUGCGUCUGCCGUUAACGCUAAUGAGGCUACAUCUUCAGCAACAACCAAGGAUGCUGCAUCUACGGAUCCCGCAAGUGAUGGUACAUCUACAGUAACAACCAUGGAUGCUGCAUCUACCGUUUCUAGGAGUGACGCUCUAUCUACAGUAACAACCAAGCAUGCUGCAUCUACAGCAACAAAUAUAAACACUGCACCCACGGUUCCCAACAGUGAUGCUACGUCUACAAUACCUACCAAGUAUGCUUCAUCUACCGCUACCGCAAGUGAUGCUGCAUCUACAGUGACAACCAUGGGUGCUGUAGCUCCGUUGACCACCACUGAUGCUCCAUCUACAGUAACAACCAAGUAUGCUGCAUCUACCGUUUCCACCAGUGAUGCCGCAUCUACAGCAACACGCAAGGACGUUGCAUCUACAGUCACCAACAGUGAUGCUGCAGCAACAAUAACAAACAAGGAUGCUGUUUCUACGGUUACCACUACUAAUACAGCAACGACAGCAACUACAGCAACAACCAACGAUGUUGCAUCUGCCGUCACCGCCAGUAAUACUACAUCUACAGCAAAAGUCAGAGAUGCGGCAUCUACGAUUACCACCAGUGACUUUACAGCUACAGUAACAGCCAGGAAUGUUGCAUCUGCUCAAACCGCAAGUAAUGUUACAUCUACCGUGACAGCCCAGAAUGCUGCAUCUACCGAUACCACAAGCGAGGCUACAACUACAGUAACGAGCAAGGACGGUGCACCUACGGUUACCGCCAGUGAUGCUACAUCUACAGUAACAACCAAUGAUGCUGCAUCUACGGAUCCCGCAAGUGAUGCUCCAUCCACAGUAACAACCAAGGAUGCUGCAUCUACCGUUUCCACCAGUGAGGCUACAUCUUCGAAUUCAGCAACAACCAAGGAUGUUGCAUCAACGGAUCCCGCAACUGAUGAUGCAUCUACAGUAACAACCAAGUAUGCUGCAUCUGAGGCAACAUCUGCAACAACAAACCAGGAUGCUACAUCUACAGUUACAACCAAUGCUCCUACAUCAACAACCAGCCUUGCUGCAUUCACAGUAGUCACAAGUGACGGUACAUCCACUGUUACGACCAGUGAUAGCGUAAUUGCAGUAACACACAAUGCUGCUGCAUCUGAUGUUCCAUCUACAGAUACAACCAAUGAUAUAGUUAUAACUAACGAUGCUGCAUCUACAAUAACCACCAGAGAAGCUGCAUCUACAACAAUCAUUAGUGAUGCUGCAUCUACAGCAAUCAUCAGUGAUGCUGCAUCUACAACAAUCAUCAGUGAUGCUGCAUCUCCUGUAGCGACCAGUGACUUUGCUUCGAAAGUAGACACCACGGAAGCAGCUACAACAGCUACGAAAAAUGCUGCAUCUACAACAGCUACGAAUGAUGCUACAUCUACAACAGCUACGAAUGAUGCUACAUCUACAACAGCCACGAAUGAUGCUACAUCUACAACAGCCACGAAUGAUGCUACAUCUACAACAGCUACGAAUGAUGCUACAUCUACAACAGCCACGAAUGAUGCUACAUCUACAACAGCUACGAAUGAUGCCGCAUCUACAACAGCCACGAAUGAUGCUACAUCUACAACAGCCACGAAUGAUGCUACAUCUACAACAGCGACGAAUGAUGCUGCAUCUACAACAGCCACGAACGAUGCUACAUCUACAACAGCUACGAAUGAUGCUACAUCUACAACAGCCACGAAUGAUGCUACAUCUACAACAGCCACGAAUGAUGCUGCAUCUACAACAGCUACGAAUGAUGCUGCAUCUACCACAUCUACGAAUGAUGCUACAUCUACAACAGCCACGAAUGAUGCUACAUCUACAACAGCCACGAAUGAUGCUGCAUCUACAUCUACAACAGCCACGAAAGAUGCUACAUCUACAACAGCUACGAAUGAUGCUACAUCUACAACAGCCACGAAUGAUGCUGCAUCUACAACAGCUACGAAUGAUGCUACAUCUACAACAGCCACGAAUGAUGCUACAUCUACAACAGCUACGAAUGAUGCUGCAUCUACAACAGCUACGAAUGAUGCUGCAUCUACAACAGCUACGAAUGAUGGUACAUCUACAACAGCCACGAAUGAUGCUACAUCUACAAAAGCCACGAAUGAUGCUGCAUCUACAACAGCUACGAAUGAUGCUACAUCUACAACAGCCACGAAUGAUGCUACAUUUACAACAGCCACGAAUGAUGCUGCAUCUACAACAGUCACGAAUGAUGUUACAUCUACAACAGCUACGAAUGAUGCUACAUCUACAACAGCCACGAAUGAUGCUGCAUCUACAACAGCCACGAAUGAUGCUGCAUCUACAACAGCUACGAAUGAUGCUACAUCUACAACAGCCACGAAUGAUGCUACAUCUACAACAGCCACGAAUGAUGCUACAUCUACAACAGCCACGAAUGAUGCUGCAUCUACAACAGCC